AUGGUAGUCAAGCAUCAAGCCAAAGAAUCUACCAUUGCCGAAUCCAUUUUGUCAUUGUUCAAUUCCUAUCUGGGGAUCAAACAUGCAAAAAUGAGACAGCCAAAUCAUCAUAAAAAUUUGUUUGUCAGUAGUGGAGGAGGUUUACGACCGCACACACCAACGAGAACGACAGAUGCUUACAUUACACCACAGACUGUAACUGCUCCAAUCACCAUUAUAGACGAUCGACAUGACGAUCCUCAAGAUUGGGCAUAUCUUAGUAAAAGCGAAUCAACCAUCUCAUCGGCUGGAUCCAGCUGGAGUUCAAUGCAUAGCAAUUCUGUAAAUCGUCAUCAUCAGGCCAGCAUUAGCUCGAUAACAUUGUCUGAAAUACUGUGCGACCACUACGUACAAACACAUUCAUCGAAUCCAUUGAAUCAAGAACCGGUGCCUUUAGAGACUUAUAGGGUGUUUGAGGCAUCUCGUCGCAAUUCGGCAUCAUCCCAUCAUUCAAAUAGCAGCGAUAGCUUAACAAGUCCAAAUGAAGAUGACGAUGACGAUGAUGAUGAAAGCUGGUUUAUAUGGGACAGCCUACAAAAGACCAAAGAGUGGAUUCAGGUAGUCGAUGAGGAGCUAUUCUUACCCAAAGAGAAAGUGACAACAGAGGUGACAAUUGCAGUACAGCCAAAAUCAAGAGGCAUCCGAGCCAAUUCAGCCCAUUUGCGCAUGAUUGUAGCUGAAGUCAAUAUGAUGCGUGCUAACAAAAUUGUCUGUCCCCUGCGAGCUCGAGGAUCACUGCCUGCAAGACUCGAUGCAUUCACAUAUAAUACACCUAGUCCACUCUCAGAUUGA